GAUCAAAUGAACGACUCGAGAUGAUAGUUGUAUUUACAUCAUGGUGAUUAAAAGGUGUAGAGCCUCAGGACCCACCUAUGAACCUUUGAGAGGCACCAUAGCCAAAACGAUUGACAACAUGGCGGACGGGGAGUUCGAAGGACUAUACGAGGGGAACUUUGUCAACAACGGAAAAACCGAAUUUAGUGAUUUAUUGCCGUACAUGAAACGUUUGGUCUGUGAAGCCUUAUCGACAGUCGAUAGUUUGAAUCAAACAAAUUUCGAUUCAUGUUUUCUAAAGUUAAACAAGAAACUCGAAAAUGGAGAUCUAAUCAUUCCAGCUUUUGUGCGGAAUUAUCUUGGCGAAGGCAAGGUUGAAUUUCAAAGUCUCUGUCAGAGGGUAAUUCAUCAGGUGACUAAAGUUCAGUUUGUCAGACAGUGUUGUGUAACAAGUGGUGGCCAUCUUCUGUUAAGUCUCUACAAGUCAGAUCUGACAAGUGCUGUGUUCAAUAAUAUUGUGAAACAAACAGAUCAAUAUGGACAGUCAAGCAAACAGACAUCUCAGUCUGUUUUAUUGAAUCCCUCAAUGUCAGUUCGUGUAGAUGAUGAAGGCCAUUUAAAUCUUGAUCAAAUGAGAACAGUUCUCAUAUGCGAACACAUUAAGGAACUUUUAAAUGCAAAUAGCAUCAAUGUGAUAUCAGCUUUAGACUACAAAAGCCAACCAACUUGUACAUGCAAGGAUGGAAGUAUUUGGGGUCAUCAGGAAACUUACAACCUCUUUUCUCUGUCAUCAUUUACAUCAAAGGAAAUCAGCUUGUGGACAGAAAAAGACCUUACUGCUAAAGCUAAAGAACUUUAUAAAAUACUAAAAUGCUGCAAAUAUGUAGACUCUUUGAACAAGAAGACUGAAAUGCAGGCCACCGAUGAGGCAGAGCCGAGUUGCAAUUAUCUCUGCAAGAGUGACUGUACAUGCAAAGACUCUGAUUUAAAUUGUGAUGCGGUGAUUUUGGAUUUGCCCAACUUUUGCAAGGAUAAUGAGCUGCUUUCAGUGACCCCAAAUAAAUUGUCAGUUUCACCAACAAGUUCUAUUCUUCUUGAUGUGGCAAAGUUGGAUUUAGCUGAAAAAAGUAUUGGAGAUAUAGACAUGGUGGUUCAUUUAACAAGCUGUAGACUAGCCUUUAGUCAACAGCAAAUGAGUACAGUUUGGCAAAUGACUGCAACUAAUCCGGCCAAGAUGAGACAGUUUUUUGUCUCCCACGGGCUGGUUUCACUGUACAAAGAUGAGCAAAAACUUCAUGAUCAUCUUGAUUUCUUGGAGUUAUUGAGAACUCGUGAAAAACAACUUCGAGAAUCUUAUAUAGUGAAGUAUGGCAAUAAAGUUGAAGGCUGUGGCUGGGACAAAUCACUUCGGGAAAUGGCAGUGGCUGUAAUUAAAUUAGAAAUUCUUUCUUCUGCUCCAAACAGUGAAGUUAAAAUUAACAUAAGCGAAACCUCAAGACAAUUCAGGCAAGCCACCUUUGUUUUAUACAAUUGUGCCAGGCUUGCUAAACUGUUUGCAAGCUUUGAGGAAUUUGUCCAGAAAGGUGUGUAUCCAGCACUACCUCCAGUCACUGAGGUGGAUUUUCGCUUGCUGCGGGAUCAGGCUGAAUGGGAGCUGACAUUACACUAUAUUGUUGCUUUUCCAUCUGUGAUAAAGGAUGCUGUCGCUGGACUGACAGUGUUUAAAUCAAAGUCACAAAAUGUCACUAUUCAGUCAAAUAAGAUCUGCUGUUUCCUUUUGAAUUUAAGCCACAAGUUCAGUUCAUAUUACGGCCGAGUGCAUGUUCUUGGAGUAAGUGAUAUUGAGCUAAAACGUGAAAUAUGCUUAUUGUAUUUCCCUUCUUUCUGAUAUUUCACCGUGCAAUUCAGCUAAAGCUUGACCCACACAGAAAGCAUUGGUUUACAAGGGGGGAAACAAACUGAUCACUUGCCAUUUAACAGUGAAAUAACUGGCUCACGUUCUCUACUUAAGAAAAUAGAUUCCAUGUUGCCGUGCGUCUGUUUAGUAACAGAUCACAGAUAAGGUCAAAACUAACCAAGAAUUAAAAAAGUAACACGUGACGCGCAGCCAGGUGGUCACUGUUCUCACCACAUUCUAUCACGUCUUCAGUGACCUAUUUUUUAACAGACCCACGG